AUGAUAGCGCAGAGGGAGGCGAAUGUCUCCGGUCGGAGCGGUGCUGUUGAGGGUCACGACGGAUCAGAACGUUGUUCCGCGGUGAAGAUGGAUCUGCAGAUUUCGGUGGACGCGGCGAAAGGCAAACUCACCGCCCGUCCUCCUCCCUUGACCGGCCGAACCACCGCCUCUGACCGGACAGCCACCCCUGCUCCGGCCAAUCACCACCGAUCUUCACCCUUCCCAACCGGCCUCCUUGCCUCUCUCCGAUCGGAUUGGACCGAUCUCUCGCCGAUCUCCCUCCGCUCUCGCUCCAAUCGGUCGGACCUCCACCUGUCUUCCCUCUCUUCAACCGGCCAGCCGCUCCGGUGCACCGCUCCUCCUCAAGUUCCAACCACUUCCUAUAGCCGGACAGCCCUUCCUCCUCCUCCUACAUCCCGUAUCUCCCCCUCUCGCACCUCCCUAGCUCGAUCAAGCACCAAGGAAGGUCAUCCCCUUGCAUUCUUCUUCAAUUCUCAAGGAUUAAACCUUGCUUCUUCAUUCUUCUUCUGA